CGCCGAACCUCCGCGCGCGACGCUCGUGUCGCGACGUUUGCAGUACUGUGCGCGCUAUCGAUGUAUUCCCCGUGCUGUGUUUCUAUUGACAUAUUUGUGUGAAAUGUGCUAUGGAAUUCGUUUACAAGUGGUCGCCCUGAAGGGCUGAAUUUGUGCUUGUUUUUAUUGUGACUGGAAUUAUUGUGACCGGUACGCAUAGGAAUGCUGAAGCACGUGGCGGUGUCGCCGCACCGCGCGCGCGCCGAUUCCGUGAGCCUCUCGUCAUCGGCAUCUUGUUGCAGUCUCGGCAGCCUCGAGAACCGACACGACUCCGUAACCGAUCUCUCGCAUCGCACGACGACAAUAAAAGUGUACGCUCGAUGCCUCCGACCCGAUAUCGAAUACAAGACCCUCUCCGUCACGUGGGGCACCCGCGCCAAGGAGGUGGUUGCAACACUUCUCAGCAAGUUUAGGAUGCGUCAUCGGGACCCGAGACUUUUCUAUUUGAGCAUGGAAGUUAGAGUGCGGGCUGCUGGUCUGAGGACCACAUUGGUGUUGGACGAUGAUGCGCGACCGGCGGCGCUACAAGCGUGCCACCCAAAGGGCUAUUCAAAAUUCUCACUACAAAUGCGACCUGGAGGGUUGGUUAAGAUAUACGACUCGGCGUUGAUGUCUUCUUCGAAAUACAAGUGUCUCCUCACCAGCGAGCGGACUACUGCCGACGAGCUGCUGGCGAUACUGCUGCACUGCUACGAUUCCACCGAGGGCGUCGAAAGAUUUUCUCUUUAUGAGGUCUGCACGUCCCAAGAGUACGAGCGGAAGUUACACCCAGAUGACCUUCCAUUGCUGGUGCAACGCGCGUGGCCGCAGGACAGCGAGUGUCACUUCCGCGUGCGGCGCAACCCGCGCGCGCCGCCGCUCCCGCCGCGCGCCGUCCCGCCCCCCCUGCCUUCUCCCACGGGAUCCUCUCAGGACGACGACGAGCCCUCCAGGGCGUUAUCCGCCCUGUCUCUCGAAUCGGAAGGCGAUAAAAGAUACAGUCCAGUUUACAAGUUUCCCAAUAUAAGUUAUUGCAGAGAAACGAAAAACGACUACCUUUAUAUCUGACUAGCGCUGCAGCUGGUCGGUUUGAAGCGCUAUAUAGACCGCAAGUCGCGGAAAGUGAAAAAGAGACUCUUAUGAUGUGUAAAUAGGGACCACUUUUGUGUAACGUGUAUAUAGGACUGGACAGGGUGUCGUUCGAAACCAAAGAGGUUUUAUAAUAGUGGAAUGUUGCCUUAACAAGGUUAUUAUUAUACAUCUAAAUGAUGCGGUAUUACUUUAAAGAAAUUUGAAAAUAUUAUUCGUUUGUAUUGUAAUUAAAACGGCUCUAUGGUAAAAUAAAUCAAAUAGAAGCGUUCGAUUUGUAUCAUAAACUCUAGUCUUAGUGCACCUCGCUUUGAAAAUGAAAUAACCAUACAUAAAGUGCACAAUGUUAUAGACAGAAUUGCGUCGAGUUUACUUUUAACGCCGCGUCAUAUUUAAGAGGAAAAAUGUAAAUAAAAUUAAUUUUAACUUAGCUAGUAGAAACCAAAGAGGCACGCGAGAAUAUAUGGAAUUAAAUUUAUUUAUCUGUUAUACAUUGUGAUUUAAUUUAUUUAUGACGGCGAGCAUCGCCCGGACCCUUGAUGUUGAAUUAUCUAUCACGCCUGUAAUAAAAUAUAUUAUGUUUUCUUGUAAA